CUGUGUGCGUUUGGGGUCUCUUGUAUUGGACAACUGCCUUGCUUCUUCAGGAUCUCGCCAUCUGAUUUGGGCCAUGGGUGCACAUCUAGCUAAGCCUGGCGUCGUGGCGUUUGACCUGCCUGGAGUUCCGGGGGGAGUGGGUACGGUUUACUACGGGCAAAACGGUGCGCUUUCUGCCCGCCAUACCUGAGCGACGGGCUCCCCGCGAGAGUAAUGUGGGCCGGAGCUUUCCGGGAUUAUGGAAACGACACAUUGUCUGUCGCCCGGCCGAAUUCGACGAGCGGACGUUUACGCUGCCAUGGGAUGAAGCGAAGCAUUGUUAGGACUAUCAGCGAUGAGAAAUGGACGGGUUGGAAGGUGAUGGUACGGCCGGAGAUGGCAUGGCGUUUCCGGGCAUCGCAAGGCGGGGGGGUUUCGACUCGGCUCGGCUCAGGGUCAUGGUCACGGGUGUUCCGGGCAGCAGCAGCAGCAUCCCAUGGAAAAGGCGCGGUAAGUCGGUUGGCCACCGACCCCUGUUCGGCUGCGUCUGUUUUGUGUUGUCGGUCUACUACGGGAGGAGAGAGAGGGUCCGAGUUUUAUGUUUACCCUUUUUCCUCCCCCUUUUCAGUGUCUCAUAUGUUUUGUGUGCAUCAUGGACUUUAUAGAACGGGAUACCAUGGUUUUCUGGUUCUUUACUGUCUGGUCGUCGUCUGGUUCUGGGUCUGUAUUGAAAGAAACGGAGCGGAGCGGCAAGCAAGCGAACAAAACAUGGCAAGAGAGGAUGAGAAGAGGGGAAAAAGAGAAUUGUCCAUGACCAUACCAUACCCUACCCCAUACCGCAUACCCCCGCUUUGCAGAAUACAGAGAAAGGAAUGAAAAUGGAAAAUGCUUAUAAUGUGUGUGUGGCGUCGA